AAGUCUUUCACUUUGUCUCUUCCUCGGUCCCAAAACAUGUCCUGUGUUGUGAUGUUCCACUGCAAUGACCAUAUGAUAAUUCAGAUUAUAUAAUAUAUAUAUAUAUAUAGAAAACUCGACCCCUUGAUUGGACCCAAGCGAUGUUACAGAAGCUAAUCUGUCCUGACCACUUGCGCACACUAUCCACUCAUCUAGUCAACAAAGACUGCACUAACAGAUGCCUGUUUUCUCAACCUUCGAAAAUGGCUUCUCCCUGCUUUUGUGUAUGAUUCAGGCAGAACCCAGAAGAGCGAAUCCAUGGCUGCUGGCUCUGAGGUUGGAAAGAUCACUCCUUUCGUGGUGAUGUCUUGUGUCAUGGCUGCCACGGGAGGACUCAUCUUCGGCUAUGACAUCGGAGUUUCAGGGGGAGUGGCAUCGAUGGAGCCGUUUCUGAAGAAGUUCUUCCCGGGAGUGUACAAGAAGAUGAUGAUGAACAGAGGAACGAGGAGCAGCGACUACUGCGUGUUCAACAGCCAACUCUUGACGUCGUUCACGUCGUCUCUGUACGUUGCCGGACUGGUGGCGUCGAUAAUGGCGUCGUCGGUGACACGUGUCUUUGGUCGGAGGCCGUCGAUGGUCAUCGGCGGAGCUGCUUUCCUCGCCGGCUCUGCUCUCGGUGGUGCUGCUCAGAAUGUGUUCAUGCUCAUUCUUGGACGUCUCUUGCUCGGUGUCGGCGUUGGGUUUGCCAACCAGUCAGUCCCUUUGUAUCUCUCGGAGAUGGCUCCGGCGAGGUACAGAGGAGCAUUCAACACCGGUUUCCAGCUCAGCAUCGGAAUCGGAGCCCUAACGGCGAAUCUCAUCAACUACGGGACCCAGAAGAUCAAACACGGCUUCGGUUGGAGAAUCUCCUUAGCCAUGGCUGCUGUUCCCGCUUCCAUUCUCACACUCGGUUCGCUCUUCUUGCCGGAGACUCCCAACAGCAUCAUCCAGAGAACCGGCGAUGUCCACCGUGCCGAGCUCGUGCUCCGCCGUGUCCGGGGAACCCCUGAUGUCCGAGACGAGCUCUCCGAUCUCGUCAGAGCUGGCUCUGAGAUCAAGACUGAUUACGCAGACAACCCAUUUGUGAAAAUGCUUCAGAGGAAGUACCGUCCUCAGCUUGUCAUGGCUUUAGCAAUACCCUUCUUCCAACAAGUCACCGGCAUCAACGUGAUCGCCUUCUAUGCUCCGAUUCUUUUCAGAACCGUCGGAUUCGGCGAGAGCGCGUCCCUGAUGUCGGCCGUGGUGACAGGAAUCGUGGGCAUGGUUUCGACGUUCGUAUCGAUGCUCGUGGUGGACAAAUUCGGCAGGAAAACUCUGUUCCUGGUCGGCGGGAUACAAAUGCUUGUGUCGCAAGUAAUGGUCGGAAUCAUCAUGAUAGCCGAGCUGCGUGGCCAGGGCUACGCCUAUGUUGUGCUUGUCCUGAUAUGCGUGUACGUGGCGGGUUUCGGGUGGUCAUGGGGUCCGCUCGGGUGGCUCGUCCCGAGCGAGAUCUUCCCGUUGGAGAUCAGAUCGGCGGCGCAGAGCGUGACAGUGGCGGUGAGCUUCGUGUUCACAUUCGCGGUGGCUCAGAGCUUCUUGGCGAUGCUUUGCCGGUUGGAGGCUGGGAUUUUCUUCUUCUACGGAGGGUGGGUGGUGGUGAUGACGGCGGCCAUGCAGAUGUUUCUGCCGGAGACCAAGAAUGUUCCGUUGGAGAAAGUCGCCGGAGUGUGGGAACAUCACUGGUUUUGGAAGAGGUUUGUUAGGGCAAACGAUGAGAAAGCGUGACGCCCAAAAACAUGUAAGCUACCAGCAUAAUGCCAUUGCCAUCUGCAUCUUACAACCAGAAGUUAAAGAAUGA